AUGGAUUACAACAGCAAACAAUUGGCUGAAGAUCUCUUUCUUCGGGUCCCAGUAGACGCUCGAAUAAGAAAACCCGUAGAAGAAGUAGAAGAACAUCAUCCAAAACUGAAGGUUGAAAUGCAAACUAUUCGGUUGAAUCCUGACUCGCAGAAGCUUGUAUUGGAUACAUUGCGUUUUAUACACGGCCCUGAUUUCAAAUUGAAUAGUGCCAGCCUUUACAAGGAUAAGGGUACAAAUUUCAGUAAACAAUAUUGGUUGGAGCGAGGCAACCUUAUAGUGCGUGGUGGUUGUGACUAUUCCAUACAAUCACAACCAGAUAUGAAAUCAUCUGAAGUCAGGUUGAGGGAAUUUGCUUUGGCUAAAUUGGAAAAGUACUGUUUCCACAAAGCUCAUUGUGCAGAGGCUUUAGAAAAUGCAGCUGAAAACGUCGAAAAGGCUUUAGAAAUUCUAUUUAAAAAGUAUUAUAAUUUUACAACAUUAGAAAAUAUAGAAAAUUAUCCACCAAAAUCUGAAUUGUUGGAUAUGAGGAAUGACGAAAAAGCUGUACUGGAAUCUAUAUAUGAGAAUAGUUUCAGAGUUAGAGAUACAAAUGUAUGGACAGUUGAUGUCAAUUUGGAUUACGUAACGAAAAUGUAUGCAGCUGACAAAGUAAAGAAAAAGAAAGAAAAUAUUAAUUAUAAUACAAAUUUCAAAACGAAAAAGAAAGAAUUAUGCAGACUGUUCCUUAACGGUAAUUGUAGAUUUGGCGCGAAAUGUAAAUUUACACACGAAGCUAAAGACGACGAAAAGUUAGAGGAAGUAGAAAAGGAAUCUGUUACUUACGAAUUAGAAAUACGUUUCCCAGAAGAUACAUAUUAUCCAUAUGAAUCACCGAUGUUGUUUAUCAAAGCUAAUAGCAGUUCAAAUUUAAUACCAACAAAUACUUGUCUCAAAAUAGCUGCCAGAUUGUAUGAUGAAGCCAAAACAUUAGCCCUUGAUGGCAUACCCAGUGUAUACUCUCUAGUUGAAUUACUUAAUAAUGAAGAUGAUAUAGUUAAUUUUAUUAAAUUUGACACUAGACAAUUUCCCCAGGCAUCGGAUAUGUUGUUCCCUCAACUAAUAGAAGGUAAUAAUUCCGAUAGCCAAAAUAAACCAACACAUUAUAAAAAAGGAGAUUCAAAGGAUCAUAGACAAAAUGUAAAUUUUGAUGAAUUGCUCAAAGAUAAUAAUGAAAUAGCAAAACGUUUUAUGGAAAAAAGUGACAAUAAUAGAUAUAAUAAAAUGAUGUCCUCAAGAAGAAAACUCCCGGCAUGGCAAAAGAGAAAAGAAAUAUUACAAGCUAUGGAAAAGUCUCAGGUAAUAGUAAUCAGCGGUGAGACAGGUUGCGGUAAAAGUACUCAAGUACCACAAUACAUUUUGGACAAUUGGCUUGAAAAUUAUGAAGGAAACCACGUAGAGAUAGUUUGUACACAACCGAGACGAAUAUCAGCUAUAGGUGUGGCUGACAGAGUUUCUGAAGAGAGAAUCGAAAAGACUGGACAAAUUGUUGGUUAUCAGAUACGUUUAGAAAAUAAGAUCUCAUCGAAAACCCGUCUAACAUUCUGCACUACGGGUAUAUUACUGAGAAGAUUGGAAUACGAUCCACAGUUAAAAUCAAUAACUCACAUCAUAGUUGACGAGGUCCAUGAGAGGUCUGAAGAAAGCGAUUUCCUCUUGUUAAUAUUGAGGGACCUUAUCAAAGUUAGGAAGGACUUGAGGGUCAUAUUGAUGAGUGCGACAUUGAAUGCGGAGCUGUUCUCGGAUUAUUUUGACAAGGUUCCAGUUUUGGAGAUCCCUGGCAGAACUUUUCCUGUGGAACAAUACUUUUUGGAUGACAUUUUGGACAUGACAGAUUAUAUAAUGGAGGAGAAUGGACCUUUUGCUCGUAAAAUUAAGAAAGGUGACAAGGAUAAAAAAUUUGAUUUCGAAACCGAAUUAGAAGCCUGCGAUGUUAAGUCAGAAUCCACUGAACCACCGAAAAUAGUGAUUCGUGACGAAAACCUAACGAUAUCACAGAUCGUAGCAAGAUAUCCCAAACUGAGUAAAAAAGCGUGUAAGAAUUUAUAUCUUAUGGAUACUGAAAAGAUAAAUUUGGAACUCAUAGAGCAUGUUCUAACAUACAUCGUCUCUGGGCAUCAUUCGUGGCCGACAGAGGGCGCUAUUUUGAUAUUUCUGCCUGGUAUAGGUGAAAUAAUGUCGUUAUAUGAUCAAUUGGUUGACAGUCAUACAUUCAGUCCGAAAACGGGCAAAUACAAAAUAAUUCCUCUCCACUCGACAUUAACAAGCGAAGAACAGUCCAUGGUUUUCCAAAAGCCGAGAGAUGGAGCUAGGAAGAUAGUACUAUCAACUAACAUAGCGGAAACAUCCGUUACUAUAGACGACUGUGUGUUUGUUAUCGACUGUGGAAGAAUGAAGGAAAAACGUUUCGACUCCAACCGCAAUAUGGAAUCUCUUGACCUAGUGUGGGUGUCUCGAGCCAACGCUAAACAAAGGAAAGGUCGCGCCGGUCGUGUGAUGGCCGGAGUUUGUAUUCACUUGUUCACAUCACACAGAUACAACUAUCAUCUCUCAGAACAACCGGUUCCGGAAAUACAUAGAGUACCGUUAGAACAACUGGUGCUGAAAUUGAAGAUAUUACCGCUGUUCCAGAAUAUGGGUGUUCAUGAGGUGCUUGGUAAAACAAUUGAACCCCCAUUAAAAUCUAACAUAGAUGGUGCGCUAAUAAGAUUGCAAGAUGUAGGGGCGUUAGACAAAAUGUAUGCUCUAACGGCUCUUGGCAAGCACCUGGCUGCUCUGCCAGUGGAUGUUAGGAUUGGAAAACUUAUGUUAUUUGGUGCUAUUUUCUGCUGUGUUGAUUCAGCGUUGACUAUGGCAGCAUUUUUGAGUCAUAAAAGCCCGUUCUUGGCGCCGUUUGGGAAAAAGUCAGAAGCUGAUGCAAAGAGGAGAGAAUUCGCGUGUUCUAACAGCGAUCAGCUGACAACAUUGAGGGCUUAUAGAAAAUGGCAACAAGCACUCAAACAAAGCACACACUCAGCUCUGGUAUUCGCUAACGAGAACUUCUUAUCACACAAGACGCUUGUAAUGUUAGCUGAUAUCAAGCACCAGUUGCUUGGUCUGCUCGCGUCGAUAGGCUUCGUACCAGACAUGCCGGGCUUGAGGAAAAAAAUGUAUAAAGAUUCCGUCCAAGCUCUCACUGGUGAAGAGUUAAACUGUAAUGGAACGAAUGAUAAACUUCUAGCUGCUAUAUUGUGUGCUGCGUUGUAUCCUAAUGUUGUGAAGGUUUUAACCCCAGAGAAAUCAUUCCACAUGCAAAUAGGGGGCGCCAUACAGAGACAGCCGAAUCCCGAUGAAUUGAAAUUCAAAACUAAAUCUGACGGUUACGUUGUUCUACAUCCGUCAUCUGUUAAUUCUACCGUGGGUUAUUUCACGAGCCCUUACUUGGUUUAUCAAGAGAAAGUUAAAACUACGAGGGUUUUUGUUAGAGAAUGUUCUAUGGUGCCGCAGUUACCGUUGGUGUUAUUUUCAGGUUGUAAUUUGUCAGUGGAACUUCACAACGGUACAUUCAUAGUGUCUUUGGAAGAUGGAUGGAUCAUGUUUCAAGUUGAAGAACAUGAGGUUGCUGAAAUGUUGAAAACAAUACGAGUGGAACUGAUCAACUUGUUGGAAGAGAAAAUAAACGAUCCUUCAUUGAAUUUGUUGCAUUACGAGAAAGGAAACAGGAUUAUCAAAGCAAUUGUCCAAAUAAUUUCUAAAGACUAA